AUGGCGUCUGCGGUCAAAGUGUUUCUUCUUGACAUUGGUAAGGCUGCUUAUGCAAACUGCAAGCCGUCAAAUUGCUUCGGUGCUCCACAUCCCACGAGCCCAACAAUUUCUUCUUGGGCUGCUCUACGGAGGUCGUUGGCCUUCUUUUUGGAGGGCACAGUCUGUCCCAUCUCGUUCGUCAAGGAAGUUCUUUUUCCGUAUGCUCUAGAAGCGCUGCCCCAUACGCUAGACUCCCAGUGGGACGAUCCGGCUUUUAGUCAAUAUAGGGACGCUUUCCCGGCCGAGUAUGCGUCCUCCAAGGAGGCGCUAGCGGCUCACGUGCGUGAUCUGGUGAGCCGGGACGUCAAGGCCCCAUACCUCAAGAGUCUACAGGGCUACCUCUGGAAGAACGGCUAUGAUUCUGGUGAAAUCCGUGCACCGCUGUUUCCAGACGUCGCGCCAAAGUUCGCCGCCUGGCAGGCUGCCGGGAUCGCCAUCAUGAUAUACAGUUCGGGAUCGGUCCCCGCCCAGAAGCUGCUUUUCGGCCACACCAACUCGGAGCCCGCUGAUCUCACUCCUGCAAUCGCCGAUUUCUUUGAUACUGUCAAUGCCGGUCCCAAGACCGAGGUUGCGAGCUACGAGAAGAUCGCCAGCAAAUACCCGCAGUAUCCCAAGAACGAGUGGUUGUUCUUGAGUGACAACGUCAAGGAGGUCGAUGCGGCGCUCGGUGCGGGGCUUCAGAGCUUUGUCGUGCAGAGACCUGACAAUCCCGAGCUCCCCGAUGGUGUGGAGAAUACGCACACGGUGAUCCGCAGCUUCGAAGAGUUGUGA